UGUCUCCCUGUGUGCCUGUCCGUGUGUCUGUCCGUGUGUUUGUGUGUCUGGUUGUGUCUCUACGUGUGCCUGUCCGUGUGUUCGUGUGUGUGAUCGUGUGUGGUUGGGUGAGUAUCUGUGUGCAGUUGUGCAUCCGUGUAUGAUUGUGUGUCUUUGUGUGUCCGCGUGUGUCUGUGUGAGGCUGUGUGUCUGCGUAUGAUUGUGCGAGUGGCUGUGUGUCCGUCUGGUUGUGUGUCUCUGUGUGUGUGUCUGCGUGGUUGUGUGUCCGUGUGUGGUUGUGUAAGUGGCUGUUGUGGGUGGGUGUGUCCAUGUGUUUGCACAAAUGGUCGUGUGUCCGUGGGCGCGUCCCUGGGUGGUUGUGUGUCCGUGUGUGGUCGUGCAAGUGGCUGUUGUGGGUGUGUGUCUGUGGAUGGGUGUCUCCGGGUGUAUGCGUGCAAACGAUUGUGCGUCCACCUUUGCGUCUGUGGGUGUGUCUGUGUGCACUGUGUGUGCAUCCACGUGUGGUUAUGUGUCUGUGGGUGAGUGUGCAAGUGACUGCGUGUGUGCCCGUGGGUGUGAGUGGUUAUGUGUCCGUGUGCGGUUGUGUGUUUAGUGUGAGCACAGCAUGUAAGUGUGACUUGUGCACCUGCAUGUGUGUGGCUGUGUGCGCACCACGUGUUGGUGGUUGGAGGAGUGUGCGUGGGUGUGCGUGCUGCGCCUGUUGCGUGUUCUGCCUGUGCGCCCUGGGGCUGUUGCACACGGGGUGUGUGCGUUCUGCACGUCGUCGUCGUGCGCUGCGCGUGUUGUGCACGCCUGCAACGUGCGUCCCCGUGCCGUGCGUGUGUGCGUGCGCCCUGCGGGUGUUGUGUGCGCGCAGCCUGUGCAAUGUGUUCUGCCUGUUCAUGUGUUUGCGCUGCAGGUGUUGUGUGCGUGCACGCUGCGGGUGUAUUCACCAUGUGUGCGCCCUGCGGGUGUUGUGUGAGCCUGCACCCUGUGCAGCCUGUGUUCUGCCUGUUGUGCGCGUGUGCUGCGGGUGUUGUGUGCGCGUGUAUGUGCGCGCGCUGUGGGUGUAUUUGCCAGGUGUGUGUGUGCGGGUGUUGUGUGGGCACACCCUGUGCCACCUGUGUUCUGUGUGUCCAUCUGUCCCGUGUCCGCCUGUUUGUGUCUAUCCCUAUGUCUGCCUGUGCCUGUGUUCGCCUGUCUUGCAUCUUACCGCCCCGUGUCUGCCUGUGUGUCCUCCUGUGUCCGCCUGUCCUGUGUCAGUGCCUCUGUCUGCCCAUAUGCCCGUGUCUGCCUGUGUCUGUGUCCAUCUGUCCCACGUCUGUGUCUCUGCUUGUCCUUAUGUCCUCCAUCUGCACGUCCCCAUGUCCCCCUGUCCUGCGUCCACUUGUACCUGUUCAGGUGUCUCUGCGUCCCCCUGUCCCAUGUCUGCUUAUGUCUGUCUGACUGUUCAGGUGUCUCUGUGUCCACCUGUCCCCCUGUCCCGUGUCCGCUUGUGUCUGUUUGGGUGUCUCUGUGUCUGCCUGUCCCUGUCCGUGUGUCUCUGUGUCCACCUGCCCUCCUGUCUCCCUGUUCCAUUUCCGCUUGUGUCAGUUCUGGUGUCUCUGUGUCUGCCUGCCCCGUGUGCACUUGUGUCUGUCCAGCCGUUCGGGUGUCUGUGUGUCCGCCCGUCCCCACGCCCCGCUGACCCCCCGGCCCUGUCCCGCAGGAGCCGCCCGCUGUCCCUUUCGGCGCCUCUAUCCCUUUAAGACCCCCCCCACCCCCGACGCAGGGAGGCGGAACCGAGACCCCGUGACGUCACGAGCAGCGCAGCCAAUGAGCGUCCAGGUGGCCGUGCCGGCUGUGACCCCCCACCGAAGCGCCCGGCAGCAACCGCCCCGCUCGGUCCAUGAGGGCCCCGCUCACAGGUGCGGCGCGCGGGGAUGGCAGCGGUGGAGGUGUCGGACGCGGGGCACAGCCGGGCGCUGCUGCUGGAGCUGAACGAGCAGCGCCUGCGGGGACAGUUCUGUGACGUCACCCUCAUCGCGGGGGACACCAAGUUCCGCGCCCACCAGAACGUGCUGGCCGCCUGUAGCCCCUACUUCCGGGAGGCCCUGGGGGCGGCCGCCUGUACCCCUGCUGCGGUGUUGGAGCUGCCGGGCGUACAGGCGGCGGUGCUGGCUGACGUCCUCAACUUCAUCUACAACGCGCGCCUGGCCGUCCCCUCGCCAGCUGUAGCCCGCGAGCUGGGGGCUGUAGGCCGGCGCUUGGGCAUCGCCACCCUCCAGGGGUUGGAGGGCCACCACAACACCGCCUGGAGUCCUCCAACUGCUGGUGACACCGCUGCCGCCACCACUGAGGGACCGGCAGCGCCGGUUGACCUGACGACGUGCGGCGGUCGCCCCAGCGAGGUGACAGAGACGGCAUCAUCAAAGGCACCGCCGGCGGCGGCUGUAGUUGCAUCGCCAGGGGUAGUGUCGCCAGGUGUAGCACCGCCGAGUGUAGCCUCACUGAGUGUCACAUCACCGGGUGUAACGCCACCGAGUGUAGCCUCGCUGGGUGUCACCUCACCAGGUGUCGCGUUGCCGGGUGUUGUGUCCCUGGGUGUAGCUUCACCAGGUGUAGCAUUGCCGGGCGUAGUGUCCCUGGGUGUAGCAUCACCGGGUGUAGCGUUGCCCGGUGUAGUGUCACCAGGUGCAGCGCCACCAGGUGUAGCCUCCCUGGGUGUAGUGCCACCGGGUGUAGUGUCACCGGGUGUAGCAUCCCUUGGUUUAGCAUCACCGGGUGUAGCCUCACCGGGUGUGGUUUCACCGGGCGUAGCACCACCGGGUGUAGCAUCACUGGGUGUGGCGUCGCCAGGUGUGGCAUCACUGGGUGUAACCUCGCUGGGUGUAGCGUCGCCUGGUGUCACGUCGCCAGGCGUAGCGUCGCUGGGUGUAACCUCACUGGGCAUAGCGUCACCGGGUGUAGCCUCCCUGGGCGUAGCGCUGCCGGGGGUUGCAUCGCCGGGUGUAGCGCUGCUGGGUGUGACAUCACCCGGGGUGGCGUCACCGGGAGUGGCGUCCCCUGGCACGGCCUCCCCGUCCCCACUGCGCUGCGGGCUGUGCGGCCGGGUGUUCGGCACCGCCGCGGCGCUGGGGCUGCACAGCAAGCUACACCGCGCACGGCGGGGGUUGGCGUGCCGCCACUGCGGGAAGAGCUUCAUCCACGUCAAGAGGCUGCAGACGCACGAGGUGUUGUGCGAGAAGGACGGCGCCGACGCCGCCGCAACAGCCGGCGCAGCAACGGCCACACCGCCAACACCGCCACAACCACCGCCAACGCCACAACCGCCGAGCAAGAAGGCGCUGCUGCUGCGUCACCGUGCGUUGGAGGUGGCCGAGCCGGAGCGUGGUGAGCCGGCGGCAGGCAGCGCGGCGGUGGACAGCCGGCGCACGGUGUACCUGUGCGCGGUCUGCCAGCGCUCCUACGUCACCCUGUCCAGCCUGAAGCGGCACGCCAACGUCCACUCGUGGCGGCGGCAGUACCCAUGCCGCUACUGCGACAAGGUGUUCGCCCUGGCCGAGUACCGCACCAAGCACGAGGUGUGGCACACCGGCGAGCGCCGCUACCAGUGCGUCUUCUGCUGGGACACCUUCGUCACCUACUACAGCCUGAAGGCCCACCAGAAGGCGCUGCACGGCAUCAGCCCCGGCCUCAUCGCCUCCGAGAAGACUCCCAACGGUGGCUACCGGCCCAAGCUCAACGCGCUCAAGCUCUACCGCCUGUUGCCCAUGCGGGCGCACAAGCGGCCUUACAAGACGUACAGCCAGAGUCUGGCGGCUGACGGCCUCCAACAACCACCGGCGGCCGCCUUUGUCACCCCACGCCCGGAGCCGGCAUCGGUCAUCGCCUACGGGCGGCCCUCCGCCUCCGUCAUCGUGCACAGCAGCGCCACAACAGCCGCCGCCACCACAACAACUGCCGCCGCCUCCGUCAUCGCCUACAAUGGCACGGCCGCACAGCCCAACUCGCCGCCUGUCUCGCCGCCGGUGAAGCCGAUGAAGAAGCAGGUGUUGCGCGACUACUUCGAGGCGCAGCGCGCGGCGGCGGCAGUGGUGGCCACUGCCCCCGGCGCCGUGACGCCAACAACCGGCGUGACAACAGCCACCGGGCGCACCAUGACCUACGUGGCCAAACCGGCGUAUGUGGGGACGAGCGGCGAGAGCCGCGCUGCGCCGUUGUGCCAAAUCACCGUCCGCAUCGGCGAGGAGGCCAUCGUCAAGCGGCGCAUCUCCGAGACCGACCUCCGCCUACAGCCGGACAGCGUCACCACCACCACCACCACCACCACGACAACGACGACACCCGGCGCCGCCUUGUCCCCCGCCUCACGGCCCCGCGACAGCGCAGAGGAGGACAGUGAUGGCGAGGACCGCCUGUGGCGGCCGUACUACACCUACAAGCCCAAGCGGAAGGGCGGCGGCAGCAACACCGCGACUAAAGGGCGGAAGUCACGGUGGCGACGGCCGCUGCGGGCGCUGCGCUGGGGGGCGGCUGAC